AUGUCUACGGAUGAUGCCUUCGCAUGGAUUGAUCUCACAGAAAAAAUGAUCCUUGAAAGGCCGAUCUCGAAUGCUACUGGUUCUUAUCCUCCGAUGUGUAUGAAAUCAUUAACAAUUCUACUAUUCUGGCCUCACUGGCAAGUGAGAAAGCGCUCUUCCCUCGCUCUAGAGCGAAUCCUCACAGUUGAAGAAUCUCAUUUUGCUGAAGCAUUAGCUGAUACGAUAUUCACGGAGACUGUCAAUGGAUUCGUAGAUCAGACCUUGCGAAAAGUUAUGCACACUAAUCAAGACACUUCGUCCUUCGCAGUCCCUGGCGAGUGGUAUGUGCAGGUUCUACGGUUGCUGCUCACUCCAAAGGGACCAGAACUUGAUAAGCUUGCCAUUCACACCUUACUGCUAGCCUCGCUCCAGAGACUUGUGGAGGUUGAUGGAUCAGUGUGGUUGAGAUGGAUGCAUGGGCAAACUAGUACAUCUCAAUUGAAGCAGAGCAGCGUUUUCAAGGAAACUGCGAUCAAUCUUGUUCUUCAUUGCCCGGAUCGUAGCGUUCGAGACAAUGCUUUGAUAACGCUCGUGGCACUUAAUCACCCAUCCUUACGGGACGGACUGUGGAGUUACAUAGAGAAAAGCAUAGCUGAAAUUGAUGUUGGCGAGUAUGUUCGGAUCCCUGAAAGACACGUUCUGAUUUACCAGUGUUCCGAAGGUCAUCUAUACAACACCGAAGUUUUAGAAUUUGACGAAGGUGAAAUAACCUAUAAUAUGCGUCGGGAAAAUAAAGCAUACAGCUUCCGCGAUCAAGUAGCCGAAAUGCAACUUCGAAGAGAACUUGCUGAAAAGAAACGAAAAGAGGGGAAACUGACUGCAGCUCAGAAGCAAGUUAUGGAAAAAGAACUAGCAAAAGAGAAGGAAAUAAGAGAUGAAAUGCGUCACAAAUACGUUGUUGCUGAAGCGAAAUUAGAUGAAGCUCGGGCUAUGGUGGCUGCAGAUCACGUUGGAGCAAUGGCUCGGACGAGCCUUCUUUUCGACUACUGCAUUCCACUUACCAAGAGCUACCUUGUAACCAAAAACGCCGCAGAAUUAUUCUUUGCAUAUCGUGAUGCUGCAUUUCCUCACACUGAGGACUAUUUGGACGAGUUACUGGGCAGUACUAUUUUACGGGUGAUUGGAGCUCAUUAUCAUGUGCCCAACUGGCAAGAUGAGCCACUGAAUGCAGCUCUCCAACGAUGUCUUCAGCUACUGAAUGAGCGGGCAUUCGUUGUAGAGACUGGAGAUGAGGAUGAUACCUUCAUCUUCGAAGAUGUCGUCGGUGCCACACAAUUGACAGUACUUUACCCGAUGAUACGCGAGCUCCUUUCAUCCUCUAGCCGAUUCGGCGACGAUAUCAGAGACUCUACUCUGACACUUUUGCAAAACGCUAUACAUCGACGUUUCUUGAAGGUUGGACUUUCGAUUUCUCAGGCACUUCGUUUACCCGAACCGGCUGUGUAUCUAGAGAAAUGGUUCUCGCGCGGUUAUGUCAGAGUUCAGGAUAAUUCUGUUUUGCAAUUGCCGAUGAAUGAAUACGCGACAUUAUUGCUCUCAGAAUAUGCAAGGAGUUUGUCUUCUCACUCGCGACAGGCACUUGUACAACUUGUCAGUCUUGCGAAUGAGACGGAAGAUACCGGGCCACGUGUUGUCAGCUUGGCCAGAAGUGCGCUUAACUAUCUCGAUAAUGAUAGCUGUGAUUUGAGAGAAAACGUCAUUAAGGUAUUGUCGGCACCGCAGUUAUUAACUCGACUCGUAUUGUCGUCAAACGAUAACCAGUUUGCUCUCGAAUGUCUUGUUCGACUAUUCGUGGCUCGGUUCGACGCUGUAGAACCUGUAGCUGAGCAAGCAUCCCAGUUGUGGUACGCAUCAGUAUUUCACCUAAGACCUGAAAUGGCUGAACCUCUUAUCGAGAAGUGCGUAUCCAAAGUGGCCUUUGUUCGGCAGUCUGCUGCGGGUGCCACUGCAUCAUUUGUGUACACUGACCUGGCUAAAAUCCGUCCUCCAGUUUUCGAUGAGGUUGGUCGAAUGGUGUCGGACAGCGUUGACGAAUGGGCUAGACGUAGUGGUGUCGGUCAAGUUUUAGGACGUUUGGCCGAUCACGUGGAAGCCAAAGAUGCAAUGCAAUUCAUUAAAUUGGUCGUUCCACAAGGACUCGCGGACCGUCACGCUGACUGUAGAAAUGGGAUGCGGGAUGCGGCCGUUGAAGUAAUUCGAAAGCACGGUCGUGCCAUCAUGAAUGAUUUGUUGCCAUUUUUGGAGCAUCUGUCGGAUACCACUCCAAGUGGAGGUGAGCACGACAACCUGAGACAAGGUUUAGUGGUACUUCUUGGGACUCUAGCUCAAUAUCUCGAUCCUUCUUCCGAUAAAGUUCGUGACAUAGUUGCUCGACUGAUGGAAGCCCUCUCGACCCCCAGUCAACAGGUGCAAGAAUCGGUCUCGCGGUGCCUCUCCCCGCUAGUUCCUGCUAUUCGAGAUUCGGUUAAGACGCUGAUCCAAAAGCUGCAGUGGCUCCUAUUUGAAGCUGAAUCCUAUGGUGAACGUCGUGGUGCCGCCUACGGCAUAGCUGGAAUUGUGAAGGGAAUGGGUGUUUCUUCACUUAAGGAGCUCGACCUAUUACCAGCUGUUCAAAAAGCACUUUUGGAGAAGAAAAAUGCCAAACACCGCGAAGGAGGCCUUCUAGCAUUGGAAAUUUUGUGCAGCACUGUUGGUAAACUAUUCGAACCGUACAUGAUUCAAGCCUUGCCAUCGUUACUGCUUUGUUUCGGAGACAGUGAUGAAAGUGUGCGUAGAGCUGCUGAGGAUACUGCUGUAGCCAUGAUGUCCUCUAUGUCACCUCAUGGAACGAAGCUGGUUCUUCCAUCGCUGCUUACAGCGCUUGACGAUGAGUCUUGGAGGACAAAAUGCGCAGCUACUGAAUUACUUGGUUCUAUGGCAUUCUGUGCUCCACGGCAACUGUCAGCUUGUUUACCUAAUAUUGUUCCUAAACUCAUCGAAGUGUUGGCAGAUUCCUCGUCAAAGGUUCAACGAAGUGGUGAAAAGGCUCUUAGACAGAUUGCGAGUGUCAUUAGGAAUCCAGAGAUUUUGGGAGUGUCGAACCAGCUCAUUUCGGGCUUGUUGGAUCCUGCCAACAAAACUAAUUAUGCGUUACAGGCUGUUUUGAAUACCAAAUUUAUUCAUUACAUUGAUGCACCUUCACUUGCCCUUAUCAUGCCGGUAGUUCGACGGGCUUUCGAGGAUAGGAAUAGUGAAACAAGAAAAGUAGCAGCACAAAUCAUUGCGAACAUUUACACCCUCACCGAACAUAAAGAUAUGGAACCAUACAUGUGUGAUCUGGUGCCAGGGCUGCAAAAGUCUUUGCUUGAUCCUGUGCCCGAGAUCCGAACGGUUGCCGCACGUGCGCUUGGAGCUAUCGUUGCAAAGUCCACUGGCGCAACCAGCGAGAAACUCCGUGGAAGUAUUGUGCCCUGGUUGAAGGAGAAAUUGAUUUCUCCACAUUCGACUGUCGAUCGUUCUGGAGCAGCUCAAGGUCUUUGCGAAGUACUUGCUGGUAUUGGUUCUGAACAACUUGAGUUCGUUAUGCCUGAAAUUAUCGCGGCUACAGAGAGUACGGAGGUCACUGCCGAGACACGAGAUGGUUACAUUCUUAUGUACAUCUAUCUACCAAUGGUGUUUGGAGAAAACUUCCUACCGUACCUACCGCAGAUCGUGCCACCCAUUCUUAAAGCUCUGGCUGAUGAGAACGAAUACGUUCGUGCUUCGGCUCUCAAAGCAGGUCAGCGCCUUAUUGCUCAGUACUGUUCGCAUGCCCGUCGUCUGCUUCUGCCGCAAUUGCAAAAUGCCCUUCAUGAUGAGAACUGGCGUAUUCGUCAUGCAUCAGUGCAACUCAUCGGAGACUUCCUCUUCACUAUCUCAGGUGUUUCGGGUAAGAGUACAUCUUCGACUGCAAAUGAGGAUGAUACUAUGGGUAUGGAACACGCUGGGAAGAGUAUUGUGCGAGCUCUUGGGCAGCAGUGCCGUGAUAGUGUGUUAGCCGGUUUAUAUUUGGCUAGGUCUGAUGUUGCUUUGAUUGUUCGUCAAGCAGCCAGCCACGUCUGGAAGAUUGUUGUCGCAAACACUCCACGUACCCUUAAAGAAAUUAUGAAAGUUCUGUUCGAAAUGGUUGUUGACUCUUUGGCGUCUACUUGUGAAGAGCGUCAGCAGAUGGGUGCGAGAUGUUUGGGAGAACUAGUAAGAAAAAUGGGUGAAAAGAUCAUCAAUGAGAUUCUUCCGAUUCUGGAACAAAAUCAGAAGUCUGAUGACCUGGAAAAACGGGUAGGAGUUGCGAUUGCCUUACACGAAAUCAUGGAUAAUAUCACUAAGGAUGUUCUCAGUCAUUACUUGGAGAAUCUAGUCAAUCCCGUCCGCAAUGGCAUUUGCGACCCUUCACCAGUUGUUAGAACGGCGGCUGCCGACACGUUUUCAGUCCUUUAUCAGAUGGUUGGUCAUGAAGCUUUGGAUGAGAUCAUCACUCCGUUGCUUGAAAAACUAACUCCUGAAAAGGAAGACGUUCUUGCUGGUUUGUGUGAGAUAAUGAAACAGAACAGCAGGCAAAUGUUGCCAUACUUGCUACCUCGUCUUACCCGACCUCCAAUCAAUGUACAUGCUCUUUGUAGUUUAGCUUCUGUGGCAGGAAGCUCUCUCUCACGACAACUCCCCCGGGUUCUGGAUGCAUUAUUAUCAGCAUGUCAAACGAACGACCAAUAUGAUCCAAUGAUCGACAGCUGCGAGAAGGUGGUAAUAGCGGUAACUGACGACGAAGGUAUACCCGUCCUUGUUGACUACCUUCUUAAGCAAGCCAAUAAGGGAAAUGUGCCUGCGAUUGUUCUGCUUCAUACUUAUGUCGCUAAGAGUGGUGUAUGUUCUGAAUUCAUUUUUGUUUUGAAGUGGAACUUUUAUCGCAAUAUUUGUAUUUAUUAA